GGCUGUUCUCUCCCCUUCGUCUCGCUUGCUCUCUCUCUCUCUCUCUCUCUCUCUCUCCCUCUCUCUCGCAACCGCUUUCUACGCUCUGCGCCUGGUUUCUCAUGGAGAGAAAGAGGGAGAGAAACCAUGCCAGAAGGAGAGAGAAAAUCCCAUCACUCUCUCUCUCUCUCUCUCUCCCCCAGCAUCUCUUACCCCCAAUUUUCUUUCCCAACUUUCCAUCUCUAGAAACUCAAGCAAGAAAACAUGAGCGUGAUCGAAAUUCUCUUCCGAGUCGACGAAAUCUGCAAGAGGUACGACAAGUACGACGCCGACAAGCAGCGAGAACUCAAUGCCUCCGGUGACGAUGCCUUCGCUCGCCUCUACUCCGCAGUCGAAUCUCAAAUGGAAGCUGCUAUUUGUAAAUCGGAGGCUGUGGCGAUGGAGACGAAUAGGGCAAAAGCUGUCGCCAUGAAUGCAGAGGUUCGUCGAGCAAAGGCUCGGAUGAUUGAAGAAAUUCCCAAAUUGCAGAAAUUGGCGCUGAAAAAGGUCAAAGGGCUUUCCAAGGAAGAACUCUCUGUUCGUAGUGAUCUGGUUAUCGCACUGCCAGAGAGGAUUAAAUCGAUUCCAGAUGGGAGCACAUUUGCUGGCAAACAAACUGGAGAUUGGGGAGCAUCAGGAUCUAAUAAAAAAAUCACGUUUGACAAUGAUGGGCUCUUCGGUGAUGAAUUUUUUCAACAGUCCGAGGAAUCAGGUCAAUUUAGGGAAGAAUAUGAAAUGCGCAAACAGAAACAGGAUCAAGGCUUAGACGUUAUAUCAGAAGGUUUGGAUACACUGAAGAAUUUGGCACAUGACAUGAAUGAGGAAUUGGAUAGGCAAGUUCCAUUGAUUGAUGAAAUUGAUACAAAGGUGGACAGGACUACAGCUGAUCUUAAGAAUACUAAUGUUAGACUCAAGCAAACGGUUAAUCAGAUGAGGUCCAGUCGAAACUUCUGUAUCGACAUCAUUCUGUUGUGUGUUAUUCUGGGAAUUGCAUCCUAUUUAUACAAUAUACUGAGGUGAAAUAUUGGGGGGUGGUCUCAGUGUCGUCUGGUAUUGUAUCAUCCAACACAUUUGGGUGCUUGUUUCGUAUAAUCUUUGAACGUUCUUGAUUGAUUCAUUGUUUAUGAUUUUGCCCUCUGAAAGUGGUCUUUUGUCUUAUAUAGAAUUCACUACCUGAGAUUUGUUGUAUUUGUAUAAUUUUAGUUCAUUCUAGCCAUUGCUGGUGUCAAAGCUAAUCAUACAAAUAAAAGGGCAAAAGGUGUUACUUGUAUGAGGAUAUAUAUAGUAUUACUUCUGCUUCAGCCAGUAAAAUAUUCAUUCAAUA